UUCAAUGGCAGGGUUAGGUAGAGUUAAUAAGGGUCUCCACCUAAGCUUUUAGGAGAAGUUACUAUAUGAUACAGGAUAUGCCUGGGAAUACCCUAUAACCCUUUAUGUGUAUAGUGUUUUACAGGCGUAUCUCAAUUACCUGGAUACUCGGCUGUCUUGGAAUCUUCUACUUAUCAGGCAUCUUCUGGACCAUGCAACUUUUUUACAUGAAUAGUGAUUACCAGCUGAAGACGCUGUCUGCCCAGGGAGGACAUUUCUUCAGAGAUUCCUCAUUGUGAGAAACCACCAUAUAGAAAUGAGCCUUUCUGCUGUGCCCCCUGUGAUCCUCACUACGGACACAGAUGCAUGGGAUAUUGACACCACCUCAUAUGCUGACUGCAGCCACUAUGUGGACUGGGAGCAAUUUCCCACUAAGGCUGAACGGCUAAACCACACACAUAUAGAGAUUUCCAAUUCACAGAAGGACCUUAAGAAGAUGGCAAGAGAUGGCACAUGGGGUGGCAGUCACACCUUGAGGGCCGAAGCCUACAACCAAAUCAUUAAAAAUGUUAAUUGUCAAAUAUUUACACCUAAUGCUACUGUUUACCACAAUGUGUCUGAAAGGUUAUUCGGACAUGGUGGACUUAAUGAUCAUCCAUUGCCAGAAUUCGUGGAUGGGUGUCUCUUGCCCAUGUAUUGCCUCAGUGCUCGAGGAGAAACAGCUGUGAAGAAAAUCCUCAUAUGCAUUGGGAACCAGUAUCCAGACAUCACCUAUUGUCCAUCGUUGCCUGCAGUGGUGGCCCUCUUAAUGCAUUUCAGUGAAGAUGAGGCAGAGUGCUUUGAACGGGCCUGCCGCCUCAUUUCAUGCACAGAACCACACAAAUGUUACAUUGACCAAAGUUUCUUGUCCUAUGAAGCUUCCAGCAUGACCUUUGGUGACUUGGCCAAGAAGUAUUGCCAGGCAGGCCACAAGUUCAUUGCCACCCACUGUGAAAAUACUGCAGAGGUCUUUUCAGACUGGUUAAUGUGGAUUUUUGGAGAUUUGCCUUUUGAAUAUGUGAUCAGGGUCUUUGAUGUCUUCCUUCUUGAAGGCAACAAAGUGUUGUACCGGGUUGCCUUAGCACUGCUCAAGCAGUACAAAAUCCAUGCAGAGUUUGAAGGACAGGAUGUUAGAUCCGACAUUCAGGACUUUAUGAAAAAUAUUUCCAAACAUGUAUGUGUGGAGAAGCUGAUGGAGAAAGCAUUUAGCAUAAGACUCUUUUCCCACAAGGAGAUCUGGCUUUUACAUAUGGCCAACAGAAAAGCAUUGUCCCAGAGCGGGAUCACUGUCAUGCAGCCAAGGCAUCCAGCUCAUAUGUCCGUAGACAUAACAAAUUUCAGCUCUGAAAUUGUCACAGCCCAUGAAAUGAGGGUGAUGUGGUCCUGGAUUCCAGAACGGUUCUCGCUGUACCCUCCUGUCCUUUUGUUCUCUACACUGGAGCAUGGCUAUAGUUUGCAGAGAUUUUAUUCACAUUGUGAAGGGUCAGAGCCUACACUCUUACUCAUCAAAACAACUUCGAAUGAGGUAUGUGGGGCCUAUCUCUCUUCUGACUGGAACGAAAGAAGGAAAUGCUGUGGUCAAGUGGCCACUUUUUUCGGCACUGGGGAAUGUUUUGUGUUUUCUCUGCGUCCAGAUAUGGAAAGGUACGAGUGGGUCUUGGUGAAGAAACCAGAGAUGGUGAAGACAGCGCCACCUUCUCCACGCUCAAGACCCCGUUCUUACUCUUACGGUGCCCGCCUCUCGCCAGUUCCUCAGCGUUCAUCGUCCUCAACCUUCUCUUCAGCUCCUAGCAGCCCCCCAGAAUUCUCAAACUUUCUGACUGUACCAGUGGAAGGAAACCCAAACCAUUUAUCUCCAUUCCUUUCUGUGCGUCACUUUCAGCUGCCAUCUAAAACCGCCUCUAUGUUCAUGUCCGGAAACAAUGAAGGUUUUAUAAUAGGUGGAGGAGGAGGACAAGCCUUGAACAUUGAUGCUGACCUUAAUAAUGGCAGGACAGAGCAUUGUGAAACAUUUGACAAUCCUCCACUAUGCAAAGAAAACUUUCAAAUACAGUAUGUGGAGGUCUGGGGCUGCCAAAAUUCCUGACUCCCCAGAGUAAAAAACAGUAAUGGAGCACAUUAUCAAAGAGCACCGGAUGCACUCCACGGGAUGUAAUCAUGUUACCGGCGGUCGGAAUCCAGCCGGUCAGUAUGCCGACGCCGGAAUCCAGACAGUCAGCAUGCCGACUAACAGGGACUAUUCCCUCGUGGGUGUCCACAGAACCCACUGUAUGGUGAGCGCAGCGAGCCCGCAAGGGGCUUCAUUGUGCUCGCCCCCCCCCCCUUCCUGGCAAUCUGGCAGCAGGGAUCCCGGCAUCAGUAUGCUCACCGCCGGCAUCCCGACCGCCGGUCACCCGAUCCCACCCCCACUCUGCUAAAUGCUUUGAUUUUGCACUGUUAUAUAUAGAUGGUCUUCCUAAAGCACUUUAAGGUGUACGCCUACUAUCUAUCUGCUAUGUAGCUUAUGCAGCUAGGAGGUGGAAAACCCUAUAACGCUGUGUGCUGAAUGUCUCAGCAAAGCCACACCUUUCACUACUUUAGAACCACCUGUUUUAUUUAAAUAAACUUUUCAAUAUUAUUCCUAAAACAAUACUUGGUUUAGCCUUUUGUUAUAUGUCCCCAAUAUGUAUAAAUGUUAAUUCAGUGCAUCAUAUUUCCAUGUAUUGCUUAUUCUGCCUUCAUGUAACCUUUGUACUUUUCCCAAAAUGGCUGCCACACCCAGUACUUUCGUAAAGAGGAUAACAAUCCUUUGAAGUGAUGAUUCUGUGUGUACUGUGUCUUGUUGUUCAUAUAUUGUAUUUCAUACUUAGUAUCUUCCCAAAAUGUAAUCAUAUUCCACGC